CUCGCCUGUUCCCCGCAAUUGAAGCAAGCAAUCAAGCGACGAUAAUUAGAGCACUCGCGACCUCUCCGACGAUCUCCAGCUCACUGCUUUUAGGUUCUCAAACUCUGAUUUCCUCUCUACUCUGUAGUGCAAUGGCUGCUCCAUUCGCUCUCGUCAGCCGUGUCUCGCCAGCGGCGCGCCUCCCCAUCCGCGCCGCCUGGAGGAGGGCGAGGCCGACGGUCGGGCUCCCGUCCUCGGGGAGGGCCCGCCAGCUCGCCGUGGCCUCCGCGGCGCAGGAGAACAGGGACAACACCGCCGUCGAUGUCCACGUCAACCAGGACGGCGGGAACCAGCAGGGGAACGCCGUGCAGCGCCGCCCGCGCCGCUCGUCGGCGUUGGACGGCAUCUCCCCGUUCGGCCUCGUGGACCCGAUGUCGCCGAUGCGGACGAUGCGGCAGAUGCUGGACACGAUGGACCGGAUUUUCGACGACGUCGCGCUGGGGUUCCCCGCCACGCCGCGGAGGUCGCUGGCGACGGGGGAGGUGCGGAUGCCGUGGGACGUCAUGGAGGACGACAAGGAGGUGAGGAUGCGGUUCGACAUGCCGGGCCUGUCGCGGGAGGAGGUGAAGGUGAUGGUGGAGGACGACGCGCUCGUCAUCCGCGGGGAGCACAAGAAGGAGGAGGGCGAGGGCGCGGAGGGCUCCGGCGACGGGUGGUGGAAGGAGCGCAGCGUGAGCUCCUACGACAUGCGGCUCGCGCUCCCCGACGAGUGCGACAAGAGCAAGGUCCGCGCCGAGCUCAAGAACGGCGUGCUGCUCGUCACCGUGCCCAAGACGGAGGUGGAGCGCAAGGUCAUCGACGUGCAGGUCCAGUAGACGAAUCGCUGCUACUACUACUGAACGAUCACUCUGGAGGAUGUGAGCCUGUGAGCGUGAGGGUUUAAGCAGUGUGAGGUUUGAAAAAGUCGUGUACUAGAGGUUGUAAUUACUCAGCGAACGAGCGAAUGAAUGGAAUAAUGCUAGUAUGAGAUAAAAGGUUUGGUUGCUUCAUCACCUCAUGCCUACAUCCAAAUUGCUGUAGUUCUGGCGUUUCUCCAUGAGGAAAAUUGUAGACAGAAAUAGCUGUGAUUGUCUAUGAAUCUUUGAACAGAACCAGCAGUUACCAAGGCUGA